AAGAGUAAAGAUGGCGGAGAAUAGCGGCACGGAUCCUGCCGUGGAGACGAACACUGAAGAAAAUGCCGCCGCUAGCGCGACUAUCAUUAAGGUUACCGUCAAAACACCGAAGGAUAAAGAAGAAAUAGCCAUCGCCGAGGACGCAUCUGUCGCACAAUUUAAAGAGGAAAUCUCCAAAAGAUUUAAGGCGAAGCAAGACCAGUUGGUUUUGAUUUUUGCUGGUAAGAUCCUGAAAGAUGGAGACACGCUCGGUCAGCAUGGCAUUAAAGACGGACUUACGGUUCACCUGGUCAUCAAAACAGCACAAAAGCCUUCAGGUGCUGGUAGUUCGCAGACCUCUGCCUCUUCUGGCCCUGGACCAUCACAGGGCAGCCCCUCUGGAACCGAUACCCCUAGCCCGGCUAGUAACCUGGGCACACCCCAGGGCAGCGGGCCCUCCCCAACCCCAUCACAACCAGCCAAUAUACUAGCUGGAUUUGGUGACCUCUCGGGUCUGGCUAAUCUUGGUAUGGGAUCUGCCAACUUCAUGGAGCUCCAGCAACAGAUGCAGCGGCAGCUCAUGUCCAACCCCGAGAUGCUGUCUCAGAUCAUGGAGAAUCCACUUGUGCAGAGCAUGAUGUCUAACCCUGACCUGAUGCGGCAGAUGAUCAUGGCCAAUCCACAGAUGCAGCAGCUGAUGGAGCGCAACCCCGAGAUUUCACACAUGCUUAAUAACCCCGAGCUCAUGAGACAGACAAUGGAGUUGGCACGGAACCCAGCUAUGAUGCAAGAGAUGAUGCGUAACCAGGACAGGGCGCUUAGCAACCUAGAGAGUAUUCCCGGAGGAUAUAAUGCUCUCCGGAGGAUGUACACAGACAUUCAAGAGCCCAUGUUUAGUGCUGCACGUGAACAGUUUGGAAAUAACCCCUUCUCAGCAUUGGGUGGAAAUGGUGAAAACCCCGGAACGCAGCCCUCCAGGACAGAAAACCGAGAGCCUCUGCCAAACCCCUGGGGGCCUCCUGAUGGCACCACUUCCACCACCUCCUCUGGGACGGCCACCACCACCAGCUCCACCACAAGCUCAACCACACCCAGCGUGUCCAAUCCUCUGGGAAUUAGCUCCUCUAACCUUGGAAACGGUAUGUUUAACAGUCCUGGCAUGCAAAGCCUAAUGCAACAGAUCUCGGAGAACCCUCAGCUUAUGCAGAACAUGAUUUCUGCUCCUUAUAUGCGCACCAUGAUGCAGUCCCUGGCCCAGAAUCCUGAUGUUGCCUCACAGGUAUUGAUGAACAACCCUCUCUUUGCGGGAAAUCCACAGCUGCAAGAGCAAAUGAGACAGCAGCUACCUGUAUUUCUACAGCAGAUGCAGAACCCAGAAGCCCUUUCUGUCAUGACAAAUCCUCGAGCCAUGAGAGCCCUAAUGCAGAUCCAAGAGGGACUGCAAACCCUUCAAACUGAAGCCCCUGGACUCAUGCCCAGUCUGGGGCCUGGAGGAAUGCCUGGUGGGAUUCCCGUUGGUAUGCCUGGUGCCCCACUGCCCACAGGAGUGACUGUGACACCUGAGAAUCCUCCGCCCUCCGGCCAGGGCUCCACCCCAACCCCGACUGCUGGAGCCAGUCCCGCCCAGCAGCAGCUCAUGCAGCAGAUGCUACAGAUGUUUGCUGGAGGGAGUGCAUCGACUCAGACUCCAGAAGUGCGUUUCCAGCAACAGCUGGAGCAGCUGAGUGCCAUGGGCUUCAUCAACAGGGAAGCCAACCUUCAGGCCCUCAUCGCCACCGGGGGCGACAUCAACGCCGCUAUCGAAAGACUGCUCGGCUCCCAGCCUUCCUAAUUCCAUCAGCUGAGAGCGUGUGAAGGGAGACAACAAGCAAACAUAGUCCUCAUCACAUAAAAUCUGACAAGCCCUACAUAGACAGAAUUCCAAUUACUCCAAUCUUGUUUUGUUUUUUUCUUCUUUUUUUGUCGCUUCGAUCAUUUGAUCUCUAAAUCAAAGUAAAGAAGGUUUCAAAUUUGUUUCCUGGAUCACAAAAAAAAAAACGAAUCGCAGUGGAAUGACGUCACACUAACCCCUCAUCACUAGUAAGAUGGGACAGAGCUUACAUGUGCUGAACCAAGUUUAAGUUACCAUUCCUUACAAUUAGAACACACCGGCAGUACUCGGUGGUGAUUAGGGGAAUAAAAACAUCCAUACGCUUGAAUUCCGAGGCCAGAGGGAUUCUUGUCUUCUGUGAGAAUGCUUGGUUUUUCUUCAUUUCUCUCUGUUUCUCCUAAUUCAUGCCUGAUCAAACCAGUAUUUAUUGCAGAAAUGUAGAGCUUACCCCCUUUACUCCCUUUCCGCCCUCCUCAGUUGACGAUUUUUUGUUUUUGUUUUCCUCCCUCAGCGUUCCUUGACAUUUUGAUGUGUUAAUCGAAAUCUAAUAGACAUGGCCGUGUUGGAGCACUAUAACACCUUGACUCUGAUCGCUUUACACUUCAGCUAUUUUAGAGAGGAAUGAGUUUUUCAGACAUGCGAUUUGGAGAAAAAAAAAAGAUAUCUGGUCAUCUCUUUAGUGGUUUGCCUUUGAGGAGUGUACAUGAAUUGAGCGUAAAGGCUUGUCACCGCGGGGAAGGUUGUAACGAAGCAUCAAUAAAAUAUUUCUCAGCUUAACAAA